UGAGCGUCAGUGCCAUGAUGGCUGAAGAUCCUGGAGGAGCUUUCUUUAAUUUCACCCUUAUUUUCAUCGGUUUUUCGUUACCUCUGCUGGGAAGAUGGCAGGGCACACAGCGUCGAUAAACGGCCACAGACCCCCGCUGACGUCAUGCCCAAGAAAGGGAACCGAAAACGGCUGAAAUUUAGAGCCGAGGAUGUUUGCUCUGAGUCAGUUACUGUGGCUGACUAUGCCAACGCAGAUCCUGCCAUCGUGAAGUCGGGAAGAGUUAAAAAGGCUGUCGUUAAUGCAAUUGAAAAAGAAGUGAAAUUACUCUGUGGACUUGAGGCAUCCCACGGUCCUGUGCAGGAGGUGCUCUCCUCUGCAGUUGGUGUGGAUAAUGCAGCCCAUAGUGAGAGCAGUGAUGAACUAGACACAGAAGAAGGUGAUGAAAUCAAAGUGUCCCACAAAAAGAAAAACAAGAGGCGUAAAGAAAAUAGUGAAAGCACUGAUGGGGAGGAGUAUCCUGUUGAUAUUUGGCUUGUGCUUGCUGCAUAUAUUCGCCCAGAAGACGUUUGCAGAUUUGCUUUGAUCUGCAAGAAUGCUUGGACCGCCACGUGCACCGCUGCAUUUUGGACACGACUCUACAAAAGGCACUAUAAUCUUGAUGCAGACCUCCCCGAGCGCCUUCAACCUGAUUCAAUUGCAAAGAUGCGUUGUCUUCGUGCCCGUGUGAUUCGCUCACUUUUUCAUCUAUAUGAGCCUUUUAACUUGCGUGUGACCAAAAGUCCUCCUCUGCCUGAAUCUACACCAACUACGCUAUUGAAUUCCAAGUGUUUGCUGUUUUGGGUCAACAAAGUCUGUGGAAGUAGAUCAGAGCCAAUGUGGGAAUUCAACUUCAAGUUUGUUAAGCUGUCAACCAAGGGCAAAAAUGGAUGUGACCUGGGUCUUCAGCUGCCAAAGAAGUAUAAAGACGUUCACACUAAUCCAGACUCAGACUGUUAUCUGCUCCGGGUCACAACCCUCAAUUUCAUAUUCACUUCUGUUGUUAUGGGCAUGACAUUAACAUUGUUCACCAUUAAUGUGAGUACAGACAUGAGGCACCACCGAGUGCGACUGGAGUUCCAGGAUUCUCCGGUCAUUCGAGGGAAGAAGCUGAGGGGAGAACAGGGGGUGCAGGUAGUGCUGGACCCUGUCCACAGCGUGCGCCUCAUGGACUGGUGGCACCCUCAGUACCCCACAUCUUCAUAUAAUUAAACUGAUUAGCUCUGUCACUAAUCUUGUCAGUCACACAAACUUUGUAGAUGACAAAUCAGGCCUGUUUCAACCAAUCAUAAAGUCCUGCGUUGGCUUUGUUCCUUUGGCUAUUUUUGUUCCUUUGGCUGUUUUUUUUUUUUUUUUUUUCCCUCUUCCUUUUAAUUUUGCACUUUGCACUGGUUUUAUUAAUCCUUUAGUUUUGAUGUAGAGACCUAGCAAGACAUGUAGGUAGAAAUUGACCUCAGUAGACUUGGAGUAGAUAUCAUAUUUAAUUUUAGGCAAACAAAACAUGGGAUAGAAGGACAGUCCAAUUUGCCAGUGACCACUGUAAUACUAAAGGCUUGACCAGGGGUUUUUAAACUUCCUUGAACCAUGACCCAAAUAAGACAUUUUGUGUUUACCUUGGUCCCACACUUACAAAACCAUGCAAUACUCACUGUUUGGUAUAUCCAUUCAUGUAUAUGCUUUUUCUAUGACUAAAACUAGGCCGUGUCUAGAAGGGAACCGCCCAGCUGGGGAAAGUUGCAUGCAACAUUCAUACAUUGUGUUUAUUGUUUUGAAGUCCUGCAGAAACAGUACACCAAAACCUAACCUAGUAACGUAAAAUGAGACUCUCAUGAUACUUUUCCAGCCAGAUGGUUACCUUCUAGACACGACCCUAAAACUAUCGUGAUAUGCUACUGUUCAAAAAUUUGGAAUCGUUAAGACAUUUUUGUUUUUGAAAGAAACUGAUGCCUCUGUUUACCAAGGAUGCUUUAGUAUUUUUGUAGUAUUUUAGAUUGAAAUUACUGUUAUGAAAUUACACUUAUUUUAAAGAG